AUGCAGGAGAAGCUAACGGACAGCCAGACUCCCACCUCGUCGAGGGCGUCAUCGUUUUUUAUCGAGAACCUACUGGGCAAAGGGCGGAAUGGGCAGCAGUCGAUGUCGAACAGCGGUCGCGGGGAAGCUGGUGUGGAGACGGUCUCCACCGGCCGAGUCCUGGACUCACAUCAGGCCGACACGAGCGCGUCGGCGCCGGAUUGCUCCAGCUCCGCGCCUCGGUCCCCGCACAGAAAGUCGCCGUUGCAGUGGUACCGCGGGGGGGCUGCCUUACACUUCGGAGCUUUGGAAACACCACAGAGCCCAAGAGAUAUAGAUGACCACUGCUGCUCCAUAUCGACCAGUGACAGAUGCUCCCCCGCCGUGUCCGAGCCGAUAACGGAGGGCAGCGACGAGACCGACAGAAAAACAGGCGACAGCAUCCUGACGGACGAUAACGAGGACGCGCACAACGGCUUUGACGCGCGGUCAGAGCAAGACGCGUCCUCGGAACCGAUCCCCAACCGGAAGAAGAAGACCCGGACCGUAUUCAGUCGCAGCCAGGUUUUUCAACUGGAGUCCACCUUCGACGUGAAACGGUACCUGAGCAGCUCGGAGAGAGCGGGGCUGGCAGCGUCCCUGCACCUGACGGAGACUCAGGUCAAAAUCUGGUUCCAGAACCGGAGGAAUAAAUGGAAGAGGCAGCUGGCGGCGGACCUCGAGGCUGCACAUAUCCCACACUCGACCCAGCGGAUUGUCAGGGUCCCCAUUCUGUAUCACGAGGGACCCUCAACCACUGCAGCACUGGGUUUCAACAUGAACGGACAUCCAGUUUCUCCACCCGUCGCGGGCUUCUCCAGCUCAAUCAACUACCCUCUGUCCUCGUUCGCUCACUCCAUGAGCAUGUUAAGAUCGCAGAUGACCGGCUUGGUGUAAACUGUUGGUUAAUAACAGAAACUCUCUCUGUUCAGACUUGAUCGUGCAAUAACCCACAAUGCCGCAGAAGACUGUUGACUGCAUCCAAAGACAAAGAGCCGCAGAGACCGUGAACACAACACACAGAUGAAUCAUUUUUCUGUUCAGGAGCCUCUGCAAGAGCUCCUGUCACAGAAUAACAGCCAAGGCCGAGAGCAAGGGAGGCCGAGGCUGCUCAUGUACUGUACUGUAUGUUUGAAUACACGCAUAUUU